GAAUUUCAACUUUUUCCUAUUUUAAGUCUUCUUCAACAUCCUGCUUUACUUGACGUACAAGAUGGCAAAUCGCCAUGCUGCUCUCGAUCCUCGUAUACUCACAAUCCGUGAUCUGCAGGAAUCUGCAUCCAAGAUCUUGCCCAAGAUGUACAGCGAAUACUUCAACGAGGGAUCUAUGGACAUGAUAACCCUCCGAGAUAACGAGGAAGCUUACAAUCGCUAUAAGCUCCGACCUCGAAUUCUCGUCAAUGUCUCUAUAAUUGAUAUGUCGACUACCAUUUUCGGCACAAAGGUUUCUUUCCCAUUGGGGUUUGCUCCAGCAGCCAUGCACAAAUUAGCUCAUCCAGAUGGGGAAGUAGCCACUUCUCGUGCGGCUGCUAAUAAUGGCAUUGCGAUGGGUCUUUCAGCUUGGUCCACGACUCCGAUGGAGGAUGUGAUCGCCGAGGGGAAAGGGAAUCCUUAUGGUUUUCAAGUCACCCUCCUGAAGGACAGGAACAUCGCAUUGAAGAUGGUGAAACGUGCUGAAAAGAGCGGGUUCAAAGCAAUCCUCCUGACGGUCGAUGGUGUGGUACUGGGGAAAAGAAUAAAUGAGCACCGGAACUCCUUCAACAUUCCAGAAGGUAUAACUUUCCCCAACAUCGAAUCCAAGACCAAUGCAGCGUCUGUUGAAGCAAGUGAUGAUGGCCUGAAUUACGAUACAACUCCAGAUUGGGAAACCGUCAUUCCUUGGCUGAGAAGUAACACAAAAUUACCAAUUUGGGUCAAAGGUGUUUAUACACCUGAAGAUGUCAGACUGGCAAUCCAACACGGUCUUGAUGGUGUCAUUAUCUCCAACCACGGAGGAAGACAACUGGACAGUGCGCCAGCAACUCUCGAUGCAUUGAGAGAAUGUGCUCCUGUUGCAGCUGGGAAGAUUCCCAUUGCUAUCGAUGGUGGGAUUAGGAGAGGCACUGAUAUAUUCAAAGCACUUGCUCUUGGAGCUUGCUUCUGUUUCGUGGGAAGGGUGCCCAUUUGGGGGCUGGCUCAUAAUGGCGAGGCGGGAGUCGAUUUGGCAAUUAAAUUGCUGAUGGAUGAGUUUCAGACCACCAUGGCGUUAGCUGGAUGCAAGACAGUAAAAGAUAUCUCGAGGACUCAUCUCUCUAUUCUGAUGCCUGACGGGAUUUUAGCCAAACUCUAAAUCAGAUCACUGAUAUCAACUUUCGAUUGAUAAAGAUUUCUUUCAAUUAAGAUCUGCGUAACUUCGAUACAUCAAGCAGAACUGGCAGUCGCCUAGUACCUAGGUAGGACCAGCACUUCCAUAAACCAUUCCUAGAAUUGGUCUAGUAGGAUCGGGCCUGUCGGAAAGCUCACAAGCCCCUUAGCCUCCUUGAUAUUCGUCUGCAGAAUCUUCAACAGUCCAUAUACCAUCUUUAAGUUCGGGGCCGGGACAGCCAGCUUCUCUGCUUCUCUCAGAGGCUCACCGACGAUGUUCUCGAAUUCCAUAAAAUUCCCCUUCUCAAUAUCCUGCUGCAUACUCGGCUUGAAAUAAGUGUCCUCCGGAUCACAGUUUAUCAUAUCCUCUACAAUACUCUCCGGCAAUA